AUGACAUCAGAAGUCAAUGUCAACUAUUUACUUUUUCCCACAUCAAAAGAUAUUUGGGAGCAAAUAAAACAAGUAUUAUCAAAAGGGGAAGGUGAAGCUGAAAUAUACAAAGUGAUCAGCCAAGCAUCUGCUGUGACACAAGGUAGCAAAAUAGUCUGAGAAUAUGCUAAUGAAUUGACAGCUUUAUGGUAGGAAAUAGAUCGUUAUAGACCGCUUAUUACUAAGUGCCAAAAGGAUGAAAUUUUGUUCAAAAAAAUAUAUAGAGAAUGAUAUAAUUUAUCAAUUUUUGAAGGGACUGAAUUAUAUAUAUGAUCAAACCAUGGCUCAAAUUUUAGGGAGAGGGAAAAUCCCAAACUUGAUAGAGGUGAUUGCCAUCAUGAAAAAUGAGGAGAGCUAG